AUGUUAGGAGCUCUAGCUCUAGCCACAAAAAUAGGAACUCUUCCAUUGGCCUUUCUAAUCUUUCAAAGGCUGCAUAAAAUGAAAACAGCUUCGGAUUGUACUCACCUCGACUACUAUCCGCCAUGUAGCAAAGAUAUUUAUUUCAAUGAUUUGGAAUUAAGCGGUUGUAAUUGUUUACAUGCUUGUGUUCAAUCAACACAUAUGGUCACUGUCACUUCUUUAGAGAAACCGAGUGAUGACAAGACAAUUUCAUUACGUAUUUUCUUUGGCAAUUCUUUAGUAACAGAAAUUGUUCAGAAAAGUUUGCACAAUAUGGAGGCUUUCUUGGCUAAUAUUGGUGGAAUCAUUGGUUUAUUUCUUGGGUUCAGUGUGGUUUCUCUGAUAGAAAUCAUUGAACUCUUUGCCCUUUUUAUGGCCAAAAAGUGUACCAAAUCUCGUAUUGGCAAUCCCACUUAA